AAACAACAGUACAGCUGAUCCAGCUCGGUCAUUCACUCAAUCAUCUUCAUCAAAUCAAGAUGAGAACGUUAUUGUUGUUGCUUCUCUUCUGUCACCUUUCAUCACCAGCGCAACACUCCAUGAAGCAUUUUGCAACUGUAUCAACUGGAAUUCCAAACCUCCCAGGAUUUAUGUCAACAGCAGAAGUUGAUGAACUUCUGGUGGGGUACUGUGACAGCAACAACAGGGUGGAAGUAAAACAUGACUGGGUGAAGAAAACCUUAAAAGUUCAUCCAGAGCUGUUGGCGUUUUACAGACAAAGAUGUUUCCAGGAUUUGUCUGGCACCCUCAAAUCCUACACAAACAUUUUGAUGAGUCUCAACAGCCAAAGUGGAGGUGUCCAUGUUGUACAGAGGGUGGAUGGCUGUGAGUGGGAUGAUGAGACUGAAGAGGUCAAAGGUUUCGUUCAGUUUGGUUAUGAUGGAGAAGACUUCAUGGCAUUGGAUCCGAAUACAUUUACAUGGAUCGCUCUAAGACCUGAUGCUGUCGACAUCACACUGAGAUUAGAUGCUGACAAAGAUAACAAAAGAUACUUAAAGAUCGCUGUUACUUUGUUUUGCUCAGACUGGCUGAAGAAGUAUGUGAAGUAUGGAAGGAGCUUUCUGCUGAGAACAGAGCUUCCCUCAGUGUCUCUCCUCCAGAAGACUCCCUCCUCUCCAGUCAGCUGCCUCGCUACAGGUUUCUACCCUCACAGAGCCUCACUCUUCUGGAGGAAAGAUGGAGAGGAGCUUCAUGAGGAGGUGGACCACGGAGAGAUCCUCCCCAACCACGAUGAAACCUUCCAGAUGAGUGUUGACCUGAACCUUUCAUCAGUCACACCUGAAAACUGGACCAGGUACGACUGUGUGUUUCAGCUCUCUGGUGUGAAGGAGGAAAUCAUCACCAAACUGGAGAAAGAUCGGAUCAGAACCAACUGGGUGAAGCCCAGUAACAUGACCGUCCUCGUCACUGCUGCAGUGGUUGUUCUUGCUCUCAUUCUCAUCGGUGCUGCUGGAUUCAUCAUUUACAAAAAGAUGAAAGCCAUCAGCCCUCCAUCUUCUCCUGACAACAGCACAGAGCUCUCUGAGCAGCUGAAUCCAGAGACCUGAAUGACAAACACACUCAGUGAAUCUCCUGGUGACACUUUAUUUAGCUUUGAUGAACUAAAAGA